AGAGAAACCAACAACACAACACACACAAACAUCAAACUCUCGCUGCCUCUUCACGGCAACAACAUCAAGAAGAAGAAGAACCAGAGGAGAGAGAAAGAAUCUAGAGAGAGAAAGCUUCGUUUCCUCUGUUAAUGGCGGCAGCACCAGUUAAGUCGCCGCUACACAAUUUCCCAUUAACAUUUCUGAAAUGGGGUUCAAAGAAAGACCAACAAAGAUGUCGCCGAUCACCUUACGACUCUCCUCUCUCACCUCCUCCGCCGCCGUCUUCAUCGGACGCCGAGCCCUCAAACUCUAAAGGAUCUCGAUCAUCUCGCAACCGCCGCAACAACCACAACCAUCCUCCGCCAACGCCGCCACCUGCGCAGGAUGAUGAAGAGGAGAGAGAUUGUGGGAAGAAACCAGAAGUUACAGAAGAAGGUUCUGGUGUUGGUGUUGGUGUUGCUGUUGCUGUAAAUGAAGGCGAAGGAGAUGGUGAGAAAGGGUGGAAUCUACGGCCGAGAAGAGCUGCCGCCAUGAAAGGGGUUUCUGCUACUAAUUCAACUCCAACGAAUACUUAUUCUGGUGUUGCUACUACUGUGGGAGAAAGUGGGGGUGAUAAUUUGCCGAAAUCGAUGAGGUUGCGAGGGUUGGAGACGCAAGGUAAUGGCGGAGCUAACGGCGGAGGAGGAUGUGAGAGAAGAGGGAUUAAGAGGUUUUGGAUCUCUUUAUCGAAUAAAGAGAUUGAAGAAGAUAUUUACUCUAUGACUGGUUCUAAGCCUUCUCGUCGCCCUAAAAAGCGCCCAAAGAAUGUUCAGAAACAAUUGGAUAAUGUGUUUCCAGGGUUAUGGAUGGUUGGGCUUUCGCCUGAAUAUUAUCGUUGUCUUGAUGUACCGCCAAAGAGGUAGAUAUGAACAUAUCGCAAAGUGUUUUUGCUUAAUUUCUGGCGUUUGGGUAGGAGGUGCAUAGGAAGGGGAUGAUUGAAGGGGAGUGUGAAUUUUUUUGAAAGCUUGCCGAUUGCCGUGUUCGGGCCUCGAUUUGGAGGUACUGUUCUCUGUAAAGAGGGGUGAUUUGGGACGUCUGGAUAUAUAGAAGAAUGAUGCCCAUUGACUUUUUUGCUUUAUAUCUUUUGGUAUACAUAGUAGAUUAGAACUAGAGCUAGUGCAAUGGCAAGGGUAAUUUAGUUUUAUUUUAGAUUAAUUUUCAUGAUGAUUUGGGUAGUUGCAGUAUGUAUAACAAGGAUCUUUGAUUUUAUGAUGAAAUGGUGUUGAUUAUAGCCUGUGAGCUUCAUAUA